AUGGACGUGGACAUGGACGUGGACGUGGUCAUGGACGUGGACAUGGACGUGGACGUGGACGUGGACGUGGACAUGGACAUGGACGUGGACAUGGACGUGGACGUGGACAUGGACGUGGACAUGGACGUGGACGUGGACGUGGACAUGGACGUGGACGUGGACGUGGACAUGGACGUGGACGUGGACGUGGAGGACAUGGACGUGGACAUGGACGUUGACGUGGACGUGGACGUGGACUUGGACGUGGACCUGGACGUGGACGUGGACGUGGACGUGAACGUGGACAUGGACGUGGACGUGGAAGUGGAUGUGAACGUGGACGUGGACCUGGACGUGGACGUGAACGUGGACACAGACGUGGACGUGGACGUGGACCUGGACGCGGACAUCGACGUGGACGUGGACCUGGACGUGGACAUGGACGUGGACGUGGACCUGGACGUGGACGUGGACGUGGAGGUGGACGUGGACGUGGACGUGGACGUGGACGUGGACGUGGACAUGGACGUGGACGUGGACAUGGACGUGGACGUGGACCUGGACGUGGACGUGGACACGGACGUGGACACGGACGUGGACGUGGACGUGGACGUGGACGUGGACAUGGACGUGGACGUGGACGUGGAGGAGGACAUGGACGUGGACAUGGACGUGGACGUGGACGUGGACGCGGACGUGGACGUGGACGUGGACGUGGACGCGGACAUCGACGUGGACGUGGACAUGGAGGACUUGGAUGUGGACAUGGACGUGGACGUGGACGUGGACGUGGACAUGGACGUGGACAUGGACGUGGACGUGGACAUGGACGUGGAUGUGGACGUGGACGUGGACAUGGACGUGGCAUGGACGUGGACAUGA